GAUCCAUACCCUACAGCCAGUGCCACGCCUCCAUCCUCCCUCCAACACCCACUGUAAAGUACCCGGCAGUGACAGUAGCCAUGGGACAGUGAUGUUGACUACGGGAAGUGUCUAGAACAGAGAAAGUGACCACAAACAGGACAGUGAUAGGUACUCCCUCGAGGCUUACACAGAGUUACUUUCCUCUACGGGUCAGCUGGUUCAACAUGGUUAUAAUAGCAUCGUCAGCCUCGCCGUCAGGAAGCUUUCACUUAAGAGAACCAGGCAGCGUCAGCAAGGUAUCAGGAAGUAGUGUGUCAUCAGUGCGUCUCCUCCUGCUGGUGUUCGUAUGGGGCGUGGCGCUCCUGCUGGUCCCAACGCCCACGACCGCUAAGCCCUUCGACAUUUCGGAGUUCUUCGCUCAGAUGAUAACACACGUGGCUGACAAGUCGUUCGCGGACGGGGAGCUGGACCUGCUGGACCACUUCUGCUCCUACAACAUCCGGCCGUACUUCCACAAGUGGCGACUCUACUACAGGUCACAAGUCUGGUGCCCUGGAUGGAGCCCCAUUAUUGGCACGGCUGACCGCCACACCAACUCCGUGCACGCGAAGAUGGCAGCCACGAGGAGCUUUGUACACCAGGCAGUAGACAGAGGUUUAGUGAGGAAGGAAGAGGCUGUGAACUGGCUGUGAACUGGCUUUGAUGUGACCUCGACUUGCAGCCAUUACCACACUGGCUUUGAACUUGUGAACCUUUGAUGAACUCUGAUGUUAUUAUGUUAAACUAUAUAUAAUAAACAUCCAAGUUAUCUUUAA